CCUCUCUCCUCUGACCACGUCCACAAACGCUACAUACAAACCCAAGCAGAGGAAAAGAGGCCAAACUAUGAAGCUAUAGCGAUACCUAGCUGAGCAUUUGUCACAGCUGCUCCAUGAGUUUAACGUUUUGUUCGGCGCUUUCGUCUCAGCUCUUACUUUGAAAAGCUCGCUUUGCUGCCCGGUGAGUUCAAAGAGUCCACGCGGUUCCGAGAAAAGAAGUUUCUUCCACGAUUUUCAGUGAAGUAGCCUAUACCGAACUUUUUUUUGGGGGGUUUUCUUUUUUCUUUUUAAUAUUCGUCGUUUUGCUGUCAGGACGACGGGACCGGUGUAGAAACAGUAUUUUGUUUUUUUUCUUCGGGGGGGAGAGGUAGUUUGCGGAAAGAAGAAUGCUGCUCCAGCUCCUCACCCUGGCCUGUGGUCUCUGCUGCAUUGGUUUUACCUCAGUCUCUGCAGAUGUACUAAAAGCAGAGGCGUGGCUGCAGCAGUAUGGCUACCUGCCUCCAGGUGAUGUCAGAGCCCAGGCCAUCCGCUCUCCAAAGUCCAUCGAGACAGCGAUAUCAGCCAUGCAGAGGUUUUACGGUCUGACUGUCACCGGCUCCAUAGACACCAACACGUUACAGGCGAUGAGUCGGCCGCGAUGUGGUGUCCAGGACAAGUUUGGUCCGGAACUGAAAAGCAACCUGAGGAGGAAGAGAUACGCCGUGCAGGGUCUGAAGUGGGAAAAGUCAGAGGUGACCUUCAGCAUACAGAACUACACCCCAAAGAUUGGCGAACGAGCCACGAACGAGGCCAUCCGGAGAGCGUUCAAGGUGUGGGAGAGCGCGAUCCCGCUCACCUUCAGAGAGAUCCCCUACAGCCACAUCAGAGACAAGGUCGACAAGUUUGCGGACAUCAUGCUCUCCUUUUCGGAAGGUUUCCAUGGUGACAGUACGCCGUUCGAUGGCGAGGGCGGCUUCCUGGCUCACGCCUAUUUCCCUGGAAUCGGCAUCGGGGGAGACACGCACUUUGACCUGGCUGAGCCCUGGACCACCGGAAACGACCAGAGUGGGAACGAUGUUUUCCUGGUGGCCGUCCAUGAGCUGGGUCACGCUCUGGGUCUGGAGCACUCGAACGACCCCGCCGCCAUCAUGGCCCCUUUCUACCAGUGGUUUGAAACUGAGAAUUUCCAGCUGCCAGACGACGACCGCAGAGGCAUCCAGGCGAUUUAUGGAACCAAGUCAGGGGCUCCCCCUCCUCCUCCUCCUCCACCUCGACCCACUAAGUCCUCCUACCCAGGAGUCGGUCCGGACAUCUGUGAGGGACACUUUGACACCAUCGCUACCCUCAGAGGGGAAAAGUUUGUAUUUAAGGACAAGUGGUUCUGGCGUGUGCGAAACAACAAGGUGCUGGCAGGUUACCCCAUGACCAUCAGUCACUUCUGGAAGGGCCUGCCUUCUAAUAUCAACGCAGCAUACGAGAGGGAUGAUGGGAAAUUUAUCUUCUUCAAAGGUGACAAGUACUGGGUUUUCAGCGAGUCCACCAUGGACAAAGACUCCCCCAAGAGCCUGAAAGACCUCGGGACGGGUCUGCCUAAAGACAAGGUCGACGCUGCUCUCUUCUACACACCAACGGGACAGACGUACUUCUUCAGAGGCGCAAAGUAUUACCGUUUCAAUGAGCAGACUCGCACCGUGGACAACGGCUACCCAAAGCCCAUCAGCAUGUGGAGCGGAGCCCCGGAUAACAUUAAAGCUGCCAUCAUGAGUGAAGAUGGAUCUUACACGUAUUUCUACAAAGCCAACAAAUACUGGAAGUUUAAUAACCAGUACAUGAAGGUGGAGUCUGGUUACCCCAAAUCUGUGCUCAGAGACUGGAUGGGCUGCGAGAGCGAGGAGCCCAAGAAGGGCCGGGAAGAGGAGGUGAUCAUCAUCGAGGUGGACGAGUCGCAGAGCGGGGCGGGGCCGGUGGCCGUGGUCAUCCCUCUCCUCCUGCUGGUGCUGGUCGUGAUCACUCUGGGAGCGCUUUUGUUCUUCAGGAAGUACGGCACGCCUCGACGCCUCCUCUACUGCCAGAGAUCCCUCCUGGACAAGGUUUAGACUAGGGGACGGGGGGGACGGGGUCGAUUUGACGGACAGACUGCCCGCGAGAAGGACAGAAAGCGAGGGGAGAGAACGAAGGCCGGGUUGAGGAUGGAAACUGCAAAGAGGGAAAGAAUGGAAGAAAAAAGGAGGGAGAGAAACGGGAGAAAGGACAGAAGAAAAGAGGGAUGGGAGCGGGAAUUUUAUGAAGUUUGAGGUGGUUUGCCACAAAAGAGCGGGAAAAAAAAAAGGCCCUGGGAACUGAAAUCAGGAAAAUGUGUAUUUGUAUGUUAACUAUUUACAUGUACUGUUGUGUGUCCAGAGAUUAACAACAUACCCCGAAAUCUCACUUAGAGAAGGGAAAUAUACAAAAAGACUCAUCACCUCUCUCCCCCUCUUACAAAACAACAUCCCUCCUUCCUUCCUCUUCUAUAACUGGACGACUCCAGCUGAACUGCUGUCUGAUUCUUUUUUUUUUUUUUUUUUUUAAGUUUGGGAAUCUGAGUCUUACUUGCGGGCUUUCCUCGGAGAUUCAUCAUCUCUGAAAUGCAUAAGCUGUCAAAACUCUGUGUUUUCAGCUGGGGGGGGGGGGCACUUUGAAGUUCACAUUCAGUCUUGAAUCCAUUGCAAAAGUGGGAAAGUUUUGAUAUUUUGUCAUAAAGUAUUUUCUGUAAUUGUUAGGUUUUUUUUUUCUCUACCACUAAGUAGGACUGGGUAUCAAACUGCAUACUUUAUUAAGUGCUGCCUGAAUGAGUCACCUGAACAUGGUACUCAGGUAGGCAUUGAAUGUCUGCUUAGAUUUUCUUAUUCUUCAAUCAAAUAGCUCCAGAUUUUUUUUACAAUAUUUUGCCAGUUUUGUACUUUUUUAUCCAGGCAUGUAAGUGCAAUUUUGCCUAAGUUUGGAUACAAUACAACGUCAGAAAACAGUUUCAUAUCUCAAAGUGAGAGGUACUUAAACAGGUACUUCAGUAGAAACUUUGAGACUAGUUUUUUCUGCUUCAUUCUUAGCUGGAUUUGACGCACAGGCAGGAUUUGUUGAACCAGGAUUUCAUCGACAGAAGUCGCAGAUAACGUGAGGUUGUCAAGCAGUCUUAAAGAUGUGCCCCAUGGUACAAAAUCCAGAUGUUUCCUUUUUCAAUGUAUACACGCAACAGGUGGGAAAAUCUUCUUUCAGUGCAAGCAGUCAGACAGGAAAAUCAUUUCUUUAAAAAAAACUUGAUGUUUAAUCUCACAAAAAAAAGGGCGGUUACAAGCAUCCCAGUUCAUUUGUUGUUGUUGACGUUAGCUGCUUGUCCAAAACGUGUCAGUGAGCGGUACAGUUUCCAACAAUAUGGUGCAAUUUGUUUUUUAAUUAUUAUCGUUUUUUUUAAUGGAAAAUUGUUGUUAUUAUAAGUAUGGUUAUGGUUAUUAUUGUUCUCCUGGUAAAGCUCUAAUGGGUUUUUCUUGUUUGUACGUUGUCAUUUGGAGUCCUGCUGGACAGAGGCAUAACAUGACAAUGAUGGAGAUGAAUCCAAGCUCACACUCGGUAUGUGAGGAAUUUUCGAUCCAAUCAGAAGAUGUGAGUUCAGCUCUGAUGGUGCUCAGUUAUUUACUUAUUUUUAUUGUCUACAAAAAAGUCUAAAUUGAAGAUGAAGGUCAUUUAAUGAAUAACAAUGAUAAUGGUAAUGAUAUUUAUAAUGAUGAUCAUAUCAAUAAAAUGGAAUGAGAUUUUU